AUGACUUUAGUAAGGAUCCGGAGGAGCUUCCGGCAGGUAUCUCCUCAAGUGGUGCUCUUCUUACUCUUUGCCUUCUGCCUGCUCAGUGUUUUUGUCUCAGCAUAUUAUUUAUAUGGGUGGAAGAGGGGACUGGAACCCUCUGGGGAUAUCCCCAGCCCAGACUGUGAUGAACCGAAGAUUGCUCCUUCACGCCUGCUACCGAUAAAAUCCAUCAAAGUGGUCGAUUCUUCACGGACUGAUCCCUUGGUCCUUGUGUUUGUGGAAAGCCUUUACUCUCAACUGGGACAGGAGAUUGUGGCCAUCUUGGAAUCUAGUCGUUUCAAAUAUCUGACAGAGAUCGCUCCGGGGAAGGGAGACAUGCCUACAUUGACUGACAAGGACCGAGGGCGCUUCGCACUUAUCAUCUAUGAGAACAUUCUGAAGUACGUGAACCUGGAUGCCUGGAAUCGUGAACUCUUGGACAAGUACUGUGUAGAGUACGGUGUAGGAAUCAUUGGCUUUUUCAAGGCGAACGAGAACAGCUUACUGAGUGCUCAGCUGAAAGGUUUCCCCCUUUUUCUCCACUCCAACCUUGCACUGAAGGACUGCAGCAUCAAUUCCAAAUCACCGCUGCUGUACAUCACGCGGCCCAGCGAGGUAGAGAAGGGACUUCUUCCAGGGGAGGACUGGACAGUCUUCCAAUCAAACCAUUCCACAUAUGAGCCAGUCCUCCUUGCUAAAACCAAGUCAGCUGAAUCCAUCCCACACAUGAGCAUUGAUGCUGCACUCCAUACCACCGUCGUACAAGACUUGGGACUCCACGAUGGCAUCCAGAGAGUCCUUUUUGGCAACAACCUCAACUUUUGGCUACACAAACUGGUCUUUGUGGACGCUGUUUCAUUCCUGACUGGCAAGAGGCUUUCACUUCCCCUUGACCGUUACAUCUUGGUAGACAUUGAUGAUAUCUUUGUUGGGAAGGAAGGCACACGAAUGAAGGUGGAUGACGUCAAGGCUUUGUUUGAUACUCAGAAUGAAUUACGUACCCACAUCCCAAAUUUCACCUUCAAUCUGGGCUACUCAGGGAAAUUUUUCCACACAGGUACAGAUGCGGAGGACGAGGGAGAUGAUCUUCUGCUCUCUUAUGUGAAGGAGUUUUGGUGGUUCCCCCACAUGUGGAGUCACAUGCAGCCUCACCUUUUUCACAAUCAAUCAGUGUUGGCAGACCAAAUGGCCAUGAACAAGAAAUUUGCCCUGGAACAUGGUAUCCCCACAGAUAUGGGAUAUGCAGUGGCCCCCCAUCAUUCAGGGGUGUACCCAGUGCAUGUGCAACUUUAUGAGGCCUGGAAACAGGUGUGGGGGAUCAAAGUAACAAGCACCGAAGAAUAUCCUCAUCUCAAACCAGCCCGCUACCGAAGAGGAUUUAUUCACAGUGGAAUCAUGGUUCUCCCAAGGCAAACUUGUGGAUUAUUUACACAUACCAUAUUCUAUAAUGAAUAUCCAGGCGGCUCGAGUGAAUUGGAUAAAAUCAUUAAUGGAGGCGAGCUUUUUCUUACUGUUCUCCUUAAUCCCAUCAGUAUCUUUAUGACUCACCUCUCCAAUUAUGGAAAUGACCGUCUGGGUUUGUACACCUUUAGACAUUUGGUCCGUUUUCUGAACUCCUGGACUAACUUGAAGUUACAGACAUUGCCACCUGUGCAGCUGGCACAGAAGUAUUUCCAGAUAUUCUCUGAAGAAAAAGACCCCCUUUGGCAGGAUCCUUGUGAGGAUAAGCGCCACAAGGACAUUUGGUCCAAAGAGAAGACCUGCGACCGGUUCCCCAAGCUGCUAAUUAUUGGUCCUCAGAAGACAGGUACCACUGCCCUCUAUCUCUUCCUUGGGAUGCACCCUGACCUGAGCAGUAACUAUCCCAGCUCGGAGACCUUUGAAGAGAUCCAGUUCUUCAACGGACAUAAUUACCACAAGGGCAUUGACUGGUAUAUGGAGUUUUUCCCCAUUCCUUCCAACACUACUUCUGAUUUCUAUUUUGAGAAGAGUGCCAAUUACUUUGAUUCAGAAGUCACGCCAAGGCGGGCUGCUGCACUGCUUUCCAAGGCAAAAGUAAUCACCAUCCUCAUCAAUCCUGCAGAUCGGGCCUACUCUUGGUAUCAGCAUCAACGGGCACAUGAUGAUCCAGUUGCCCUGAAGUACACCUUUCAUGAGGUGAUUACAGCUGGACCUGAAACCUCUCAGAAGCUUCGGACUUUACAGAACCGUUGCCUAGUACCAGGGUGGUAUGCUACCCAUAUUGAACGCUGGUUGAAUAAUUUCCAUGCCAAUCAGAUUCUUGUUCUGGAUGGCAAGCGACUACGCACAGAACCAGCCAAAGUAAUGGAAACAGUCCAGAAAUUUCUUGGAGUGACAAAUGUCAUAGAUUAUCAUAAAACUCUAGCGUUUGAUCUCAAAAAAGGAUUCUGGUGCCAACUAUUAGAGGGAGGAAAGACCAAGUGCUUGGGUAAAAGCAAAGGAAGAAAAUACCCAGAGAUGGAUUUAGAUUCCAGAGCAUUCUUGAGAGAUUAUUACAGGGACCACAACAUAGAGUUAUCCAAGCUACUGUAUAAAAUUGGCCAGACACUGCCAACUUGGCUGCGGGAAGAACUCCAGAACACUAGAUAGCCACUUUUUAUCUCUUGUAUUAAGCAAUAGUAGAAUGGAUCCACGGGGAGGAUCUCAAGC